AUGGCGACAAAUUCUAAAACAGAUGAAAAUUUAUCAUUAACAACAAUUGUUGAUAAACAUAUACGUUCAAUAGUUUAUAAUCCUUCAUUAAAUUCAUUAAUUUAUCUUAAUGGUAAACAAGAAAUUAAUGUUCGUAGUGCUGAUCAAUUAUCAAUAUUAUAUCAUCAUACAUUACCAUUAAAUAAUACAAAUGAAUAUUAUGAAAUAAUAUCAUGUCAUGAUAAAUUUAUUUUAUUAACAUCAACACAUAUUUAUGUAAGACAAUUGUAUCAAGGUCUUUAUUUUCUUGAUUCAAUAAUUGGAUCAAUAAAUGAUGAAAAUUGUCAUGUUUUCAUUGAAUUAACAUAUGGUGAUGCACAAUUAUUAUUACAAUUAUUAUCAACAUUAGAUUUAUCAACAUCCAAUCAUAUUGAAGAAUUUAAUAAUUUAUUAAAAACAAAAUUUCAUGAACAUAUAUCAUCAUCAUUAUGGAAUUUAAUACAAUUUUCAUAUGAUUGUCUUAAUGCAAUUAAAAUAUGUUUUGAUAUAUUACGUUUACAUAAACAACAAAUACAACAAAAUCAAAAUACACAUUCAUCAUUACCUGGUAUUGUUGUUGUUGGUCUUUUACUUGAUUAUUUAACAAGAUAUUAUCAUCAUAAAAAAUCAUUAACAACAAAUACAGAUGAACAAAUUGGUUCAACAUUAGAAACAUCAUCAUCACCAUCAUCAUCAACAUCAUCAUCGACAACAACAAUAACAACAACAACAACAACCACACCAACAUCAUCGGCGAGUAGCUUUUUGAAUACAGGUGGACGAACUACACGUGAACGUUUAAUGUUUAGUGAAGCAACACGAUAUAGAACAUUUACACUUUGGCCACAUGCAGCUUAUCGAUGGCUUUCACCAGAAAGUAUGGCUAAAGCUGGUUUUUAUUAUUCACCAUUAAAAGAUAAUGAUGAUCGUGCAUUAUGUUUUGCUUGUACUGUAACACUUGUUUGUUGGGAACCAUCUGAUUCUCCAUGGACAGAACAUGGACGUCAUUCUCCUCAUUGUCCAUUUAUAAAAGGUGAUUUUACUGAAAAUGUUCCAUUACGUACAACAUGUUCAAUUCAACCUGGAAAAAAAAUUUUUUCAAAUCAACAACAACAAAAAUGGUUAAUUAAAUCAAAUGAAUUAAUAUUAAAUGAACAUAUAUUAUUAUUUAUAAAUUCUGAUUGGAUAAUACGUUUAGUUGAUACAACAAAUGUUAUACAUAUAAAAACAAUAAUAUCAUUAAAAAAUCUUAUUGAACAAUUAACAACAGAAAAUUAUUCUGAAGAAAAUUAUUCUUCAGAUAAUAAUAAUAAUAAUAAUAAUGAAACAAUAUUUAUACAACAUUUUGAUCAUUUAACAUCAAAACGUUAUUUUAAUUUUAAAUUAAAUCCACUUGCAUUAACAAUGUAUCCAUUAACAAUAACAAAUGAUAAUGAUAAUUAUAUAAUUUUUUGUUUUUUACAAUUAAUUGAAACAAAUAAAUGUAUAUUAAUAGCAACAACAACAAUAAAUCAAUAUGAAAAUUUAAAUCCAUCACGUACAUCAACAAUAACAAAUAAUACACAAAAUGAUGAAUCAAUUGAAACAACAACAACAACAACAACAAUAAUAAAUGAACAAAUUAAAAUAAAUAAUAAAUAUGAUUAUUUAAUUGAAUUUUCAAAUUUUAAAUAUCUACCUAAACAAGCAUUUCUAUAUCAAUUAACUAAAACAAAAAUGAUUUUAUUAAUAAAUACAACUGAUUGUAUACAUAGUUAUUGUAUUGAAUAUGAUCAAAUAACAUUAACAUUAAAAAUACUUUUUUAUCAUUGUAUUUAUCAAUCAUUAAUAAAUGAUAUUGAUAUUGAUUCAAUAAAUCCAAUUAUAUUAGAUGAUGAUGAUGAUGAUGGUUUAAUAAAUAAUGAUGAACAAUCAAUAAUAAGUGAUAAAGAUGAUAAUUUAGAAAUUGAAUGUGAUGAUAAUAAUGAUUUUAAUGAUGAAUAUCAAAAGAAAGAACAAUAUUCAAAUAAAAUAUUAAAACGAAAAUGUUUUUUAAUUUGUUUUAAAUCUGGACAUUUAAUAUUUUAUGAUGUUUAUCGUACAAUAUCUUUAGAUAAUAAUCAAGAAGAAAAUAAUAUUGGUAUACUAGCAGAUAGACAAUUAAUUGGAAAUGUUGAAAAAUGUGUUCAUGUUAGAGGUACAGAUACAAUUUAUGCAUGGAUUACUGAUGAUGGGGUUAAAAAGUUCAAUAUUCGUGAUCUAUUUCCAUCUUAUUUUACUCAUGUACAAUCCGAUGAAAGAACAAGCACAUCUUCUAUACAUCCUUCUCAAUUAAAAUCUUCUACUGAUGAUCAAAAUUCAAAUUCCUAUUCAAUAUCAACACUUCGUUCACUUCUAUCAUUUACAUCAUUUGAUUCAUCACCAGUAACAUAUUUUUUUGCUCAUGUAAAUUCAUCCUAUUGGAUUGAUACACUUGAUACAACAAAAACAAAUGUUGAUCGUCAUACAUGGCGUUUACAACAACCUCAAAUACAUCAACAACAAUCAAAUAAUCAACAAAUAAUACCAUCAAUACAUAUAUUUGAUUUACAAACAGCAACAACAUGUAUAUUACAUACAAUUGAAUUUCGUUAUACAUUAAAUCGACAACAUUUACAUAAAAAAAAUUUAUUUGUUACUUUAUAUCGUUAUUCAAAUGAGCAAAAUGAUGUUGAUCAAAAAAUUGAAUUUAAUCAAUUAAAUUCUCAAAUAAAUUUUUCUAAUAAUGAUAUACUUGCUGGUCCAUAUUCAUUAAUUGAUUAUUUAGAAUCACCUAUACAUGAUCAAGGUCUUAUACAAUUAUGUUCAUAUGAUUUAUUAACAUAUAAAUCAAAACAUUUUCGUCUUGUACUUGAAUCAAAAUAUUCAUCAUCAUCAAAUCAAACAACAAUAAUACAACAAAAUUUAUUUCCUAUUGAAACAAUAUCAAUAACAUUACGUUCAACAAAACAUCAAAUACGUUUAUUACGUUUAUAUGAUUAUUCAACAAUAAAUUGUUUAACAACAACUAUAUUAACAACAAAAAAUGAAAAAAAAAUUUUAUUUUCAUUAAAUUUAUUAAUAUCAAUUAUUUAUACAACAAAUAAUAAUAAAAUAAUAAAUCAAAUUAAAUAUUUAUUAUUAAAUGAAACAUUUUUACAACAUACAUUUAUAAAUGCAUCAAGAACAAUAGCUAAACGUAUGGCAACAUUAAUAUUAAUGAUUAUUAAAAAUGAUAAUGAUAUAGAAAAAUUUAUUGAAAAUUUUUUAAAUUUAUUUCAAAUGAAUAAUCAAUAUUUACUUGGAUUUAAAUCAUCAGCAGCAUUAAAAUGGUUUUUUAUUAUUAUUGGACAAUGGACUAAUGAAUAUCACUAUCAAAUUGGUACAAAACUUUUACAAUGGUUAUUACAAUUAGCAGAUAUUAUUCAAAAAACUGAUACUAUACAAAGACAAUUAUUAAGAAAUAAAUUUGGAUUUUAUGCUGAUCCAUUUGAUGCUCAUUUAUUUGAUGUUGAUCUUUCAACAUUAAUUGAAUGUAGUCUUCGUCAACGUAAUUUAAAUUCCUCAUCAUCAUCAACAUCAUCAAAUUCAACAAAUAAUUCUCAAACAUCACGUCCAAUUGGUAUAAAUGAUAAUUGUUAUGAUCCACGUAUUUAUUCACGUUAUGGUACAACUGGUUUACCAAUAAUACCAUGUGAUCCUGAUACAUUAUAUUCAUCAACAAAUAUUCAAUAUGCAUUAUCAAAACUUUUACCAAAUUCACUUUCAUCAUCAAAUGUUUAUUUAAAACCAAUACCAGAUCUAUUUGAAAUAACACCAUUAAAUUAUACAAUGCAUUCAUCAAGUGAUGGUACACGUCUUGAAUGUGUUGAUAUGACACAUUUAUUAACAUUACGUACAUAUGAAGCAACAAAUGCACCACCACCUAAUGUUACACUUACAACUAAUUCACAUCAUCUUUAUAAUCCAACAACAUCAAAUUCAAUACCACCACCACCACUUCCACCAUCAAUAUCAACAUUUCAUUCAACAAAUACAUUUCCAUUUUCAUUUCCAACACCAAAUAUAAAUACAUAUCAUGAUACACUUUAUAUGUUACCAACAACAAUAAAUUCAACAGGAACAACAAAUGAUACAACAUCAACAAUUGCUUCAUCAUUUCCAAUAUCAACAACAACAAUUGAUAAUCAAAUAAAUAAUAAUAAUUUAAUUAGUACAUCACCAUGGUUACCACAUUUAGCAUCAAAAUUUAAAGAUAAACAAAGUUUACAAAAAGAAAAAUUAAAAUUAAUUGCAAAAAAAAAUAAAGCAGCUACAACACAAACAUCAAUAUUAAAAAAAAAUUCAAAUUUAUUUACUGAUCUUUUACAUACAUCAAAAUCAACAUUAACAACACAAAAUCAACAAAUAUUAUCAACAAAUCGUAUAUUAACAAAUAAUAAAAAUCAUAUUGAUGAUGAAAAUCUUGAACAACAACAACAACAACAACAACAACAACAACAAAUAAUAACAAUUGAUGAUAUAUUAACACAAGUAUCAAAUAAUAUUCAUCAUGGACAAUAUUUACCAUUAUAUCAAUUUAUAAUUGAUCGUUUAUCAGGUGGUGGUAGAAGUUAUUUUGUUUUAGAUUUUGGACAACAAGUUACAUUAACUGAUAUAUUAAUACCAUCAUGUCAUGAAUUAGCAUCAUUAAGUUUAGAUUUUUGGUCAUAUGGCGAACAUAUUGAUUGUCAACGUUUAUUUUCUUCAACACAUAUAUCAAAUCAACCAUUUUUUUUACAUGAUUUACAACCACCUAUUAUAGCACGUUAUAUACGUAUUACAUUAAUUGGACAAUCAAAUAUAUCUGUAUCAUCAAUACGUUUACCAGUUGGAUAUUUUUUUGGUUAUCCAUAUAUAUUAAAUGAUGAUAAUGAUAAUAUGAAUAAUAAUAAUAAUAAUAAUAAUAAUAAUGAAAAAUAUGAAAAAAAAUUAAAAUCAAUUGAAGGUAUAUAUGAAACAUUAAUAUCAAAUUAUGCAUUAUGUCGACAAAAAUUAUUUAAUUUAUUAUCAUCAACGAAUAAUAUUGAAAAAAAUUUUAUUGAAAAUAUUUAUUAUGAAUGUAUACAAUUACAAAUACAAAUUAAUCAUGCUAAUAGACAAAUAAAUCAAUGUAGAAAUCUUUUAAAAAUGGAUCAUAUUCAAAUUGAUGAUCAACAACCAACAAGUGAUUAUUUAAAAUUAUUAGCUGAUUUAUUAACAACUGAAUUAACAUCAUUAUCAGGAAUGAUGCAACAACAAACAGACAGGUAA